AAUCAGAAAAAAAAUCUAAAUAUCAUUUGAACAGACAGACAGUUAGCUUAAGAUUAGAUCCAAAAUUAAAGGCACAGUUAGUUAACCAUACAAUGACUACUAAUACUACACCCGAUUCAGAUAGACAUAGACAGACCAUACAGUCGUUGACUGCAAUCCGUACAGCAAUUGCCGCCAGCAAUGACCAGUCAAACACCCUAACCGCUGAACAGCUUAGACAAUGGCUGCAUGAGAUACAUGGACUACAACAGGCUAUCGACUAUGGAUCCCGGCGUCGAUGGGAAGGCCAACACGUUUACCGCGAAUGUCAACAAUUGAUACGAUCGAUACGAUUGAUGUUAGUAUUCAGACAAAUGACAGCCGAAGGCGAUCCAGAUGUCCAGCGAUUGACAAAAUCAAUGGCUGCUAAUCGUCGGGCCAGACCUCGACAGAGGACACGAUCGUAUCAGACUAGCAGUCGACCGGCGGCGGCGGCGGCGACACAACAUAGACGAACAUCUGCCGCUCAGCUACAUCAGCGGCUGAAAUCGGUAACACCCGGCCAGCGUAGGCCACCGCUCGAGCGGUCAACAUCGGCACACAAUAUGCGGGUACCGAUACUAACCGAACGUGAAAGACAGCGGACAUCAAUCUACGAAACCCCGGGCCGAGUAGGUAGUGGUCGACCAAAUAUGUUGAUGAGCGGACUGUACGGACAUUUGCCUCAGCUCACGACCGAUCAUCUCAAGGGUGAACUGUUUAUGUCGGCCAGCGAUCGCCAGCUAACCGACCGGGACUAUGAACUCCUAAGCCAUGAGCUCAGCAAUUAUGGCCUAAUUAUUGAUCAACAAAACCAGUUGGAUAGAGGAUCUAUGGGUACGAUAUUUACGGGUAAGUAUGGCCAAAAUAUUAUACAACUGAUGGACAUUGAGGGCCAGUAUCUAACCGGUUGCCAACCAGGACAGCCGUUUGCGGCCAAAUAUAUCAAGUUUGAUGCAAACGAACCGAAAGUCAGGCGCCGUAUGCUCUACUUGGAAAAGUUGAUUAUGAAACUGAUUGCCGGCCAACCCCAUGAAAAUGUUGUCUGCUAUCGGUUGGCCGUAAAUAUGGGCCAAUCGGUUGAAUGCGAUAUCCAGAUCCAAUUGGCUGGCAAUAGUCAACUCGAAUGGUUCCGCAGUUACGAACGUACGGUUAUAGUCAUGGAUUUGGCCGAACAUCGGUCACUGUACGACUAUAGGCAAACAGCAAAAAUAGUGGCCUCGCUGGGACCGACAGCACCCGAAGCUGGCAAAUGUUUGGGACCGUUCGACGGCCGGGUAUGUGUAAAAUUUCUACGCGAUAUGAUCCAGGGGCUCCGGUAUCUGCAUCGGAGAGGUAUAGCACACGGCGACAUACACGACGGUAAUGUCUUGUUGUUUGGCCAGACAUCGGCCAACCCAUCACGCGAUCCUACCGUACCCUAUAUAGCCAAAUGGACAGAUUUCGGUAGGUCUACCAUCAGGCAGAUAGACGUACGCCAGUAUAGUACCGAUCGUCAGCACAAGGAUGCCGUUUUUCAGGACUGCCUUACCUUCCAGUAUCUGGUCAGAGACGAUAUGCUCGAUACGGUUGAUCCCGAUUACGAAGAGCCGCUGUUGGAACCGUGGCGUCAAUUUUGCGACCAAUUGUCUGUAACACCAGACAUACAGGUGCUGUACAAUAACUUUCAGACGAUUAUUGAGGCGAUAGGUUUGUAACUGUACUGUACUGAUGGAGAGAUAGAUUAUAUGUUUUUGUUGGUUGUUUUGAGUAAUUAGUAAAAUAUUAUUUUUUUUUUUGUA